UAAUCUUGCAUCUGCAGUACCUAGAGAGAGGCUUCGCACUCUCGCAACCUCGUGCACCGAUUCCUCGAUUCGCCCACCGACAAGAUGGCGAUCCAGAAGAAGCACGGAAAAGGACGUUUGGACAAGUGGUACAGGCUUGCCAAGGAGAAGGGAUACCGUGCCAGAGCUGCGUUCAAACUGAUCCAGCUGAACAAGAAGUAUGGCUUUUUGGAGAAGAGCAAGGUCGUCGUCGAUCUUUGUGCCGCGCCCGGUUCGUGGUGUCAGGUCGCAGCGGAAACAUGCCCGGUCGGCGCCCUGAUCGUGGGUGUUGAUCUCUCCCCCAUAAAGCCCAUCCCCAAGGUCAUCACCUUCCAGAGCGAUAUUACGACUGAUAAGUGUCGAGCAACGAUCCGCUCGCACCUCAAGACGUGGAAGGCGGACUGCGUGCUCCACGAUGGUGCGCCCAACGUCGGUACGGCCUGGAACCAAGAUUCGUUCAACCAGGCCGAGCUGGUGCUGCAGUCGAUGAAGCUGGCGACCGAGUUCCUUGUCGAGGGCGGCACUUUUGUCACAAAGGUUUUCCGGUCCAAAGAUUACAACCCGCUGCUGUGGGUCUUCAAUCAGCUCUUCACAAAGGUCGAGGCGACCAAGCCCCCGUCGUCGAGAAACGUGUCGGCCGAGAUCUUCGUCGUCUGCAAAGGAUAUAAGGCGCCAAAGCGCAUCGACCCCCGCUUCCUUGACCCCCGUGCUGUCUUUGCCGAGCUCAAGGACGCAACCCCGAACAACGAGGCCAAGGUGUACAACCCCGAGGUGAAGAAGCGCAAGCGUGAGGGUUACGAGGAGGGCGACUACACCCAGUUCAAGGUCGUCUCGGCCAGCGAGUUCAUCCACUCGGUCGACCCCAUCGCGAUCCUCGGCCAGACCAAUCAGCUGUCGUUCGAUCAGCCCCCCAACGGCGACGUGGCGCUCGCGGCGUUGGACAAGCUGCCGGAGACGACGGACGAGAUUCGGAGGAACUGCGCUGAUCUAAAGGUGCUCGGAAGGAAGGAGUUCAAGCAGCUGCUCAAAUGGCGUCUCAAGGUGCGGGAGAUCUUUGGCUUUCCGACAAAGAAGACCGUCCAGGAGAAGAAGUCUCUGCAGGACCAGGUGGGCGAGGAGGUUGCCGAGGUCGAGUCGAUGGAUGAGGAGCUGCGGAUCCAGCAGGAGCUCGAGGCGCUCAAGAACAAGGACGACUCCAAGAAGAAGAAGGAGAGGAGGAAAGAGAACGAGAAGAAGCAAAGGGACAUUGUGCGCAUGCAGCUCAACAUGGUCGCGCCCAUGGAUAUUGGUAUGGAGCAGGCCGGACCCCUUGGCCCCGACGCCAUGUUCGCCCUCAAGACGGCCGACAAGGCCGGCGGAAUCAACAAGAUCGCCCGCGGCAAGAUGGCCAUCCUCAAGGAGAGCGAGAAAAAGGCGGAGGAGGCCGGCAUCGUGUACUCGGACUCGGAGAGCGACGUGGAAGAGGAUCGCCUCGAGCGCGAGCUCGACGGUAUGUACGACCAGUUCCGGGAGCGCAAGGCGGCGGCCGACGCAAAGUGGCGCGCCAAGCGGGCCCGGGAGGAGCACGAGGAUGGCGAGUGGGAGGGCGUCUCGGGCGGCGAGCAGAGCGACAGCGACGAAGACAUGGAGGUGGACUCGGACAGCUCGGAUGACGAGGACGAUGACGAGGAGGACGGCAGCAGCCGGCCUCUCGUGACGGACCUGGACAGCACAGCGGAAAACGGCAACCUGUCCAAGCGGGCGACGGCCUUCUUUGGCCAGGACAUCUUCAAGGACAUCGACAUUGGCGACGUCGACGACGAGGCGUGGGGCGUCGACGACAAGCCUCGGGAGGAGCCAAGUCGAAAGAAGAUCAAGACUGCCAAGGAGGCCGACGCUAAGAAGGCCAAGGACGACAAGACCAAGGCCAGAGAAGACAAGAAAGCUGCCAAGGAAGAGGUCAGGAAGAAGGUCGCCGAUGGGUUCGACUCGGACUCGGAAAGUGGAGACGACGCCGGCUUCGAGGUCGUCAAGAACCAGGAGGAGGACUGGGAGAACCAGGAGAAGCGUCGUCCGGAUGGCAGAUUAGACAUCGACAUCAUUACCGCUGAAGCCAUGACGCUCGCGCACCAGCUGGCGACGGGCGAGAAGACCAAGCACGACCUCGUGGACGAAGGGUUCAACAAAUACGCCCUCAAGGACCGCGACGGCCUGCCUGACUGGUUCAUCGACGACGAGACCAAGCACGACAAGCAACAGAAGCCCAUCACCAAGGCGGCGGCGGCGGCGAUCCGCGAGAAGAUGCGCGCCUACAACGCGCGGCCGAUCAAGAAGGUGCGCGAGGCCAAGGCGCGCAAGAAGUUCAAGGCGGCGCAGCGCCUCGAAAAGCUCAAGAAGAAGUCGGACAUGCUCGCCAAUGAGGAGAGCAUGACCGAGAAGGAGAAGGCCGAAAGCAUCGCCAAGAUGAUGGCCAAGGCCGGCAAGGUCAAGAGAAGGCCCAAGCCUACUCUGGUCGUAGCCAGGGGCUCCAACCGCGGUAUCCAGGGCCGUCCCAAGGGCGUCAAGGGCCGCUACACUAUUGUGGAUUCGAGAAUGAAGAAGGACCUGAGAGCGCAGAAAAGGCUAGCCAAGAAGAGGAAGUAGAUGUUGGCGUACAGGUGUUGGUCAUACCCCCGGUCCGAGAUGGCGAGGAGCACGAUGUUAGAUCUAUGGUAAUCAAAACAAAGCAUGGCCGGAUACAGAAAAGGCGCAUUCAUGUUGGACUAUUCAUUUCUUUCUUGCACCAUCGUGUUUCUAUGCGUUGUCAUGAACCUUGCGGAUCGAGUGCCCUUGGCUGGACAAGUGACUCAUCCCACCCGCCCAAGGAAGUUUAACUCUCUAUCCAGCCGACGAAGGAAAUCAUAAGGGUGUGCCGCCGCCGCCGCCGCCGCCGAGGAAAGUGAUCAACCCCGGUGCCAGACACCACGAACAGUAUCGUACAGCAUCCUUGUCGAACGAGAUGGGAUAGACGCGACACGCCGGAACAAACGUGGGCCUUUACCCCCUUUGUUUCCCACGAAUAAAUCAGUCCGUUGCUGCCGUGAACGAAACUUCCUCGCCGGGUUCACCGCAUCUGAGAAUCGUACAGCUGUCUCAGUUUCCCACCCAUAUACCGCCAUUUCUUAAACCGAAAACGCCAAUGCUGUCCUACCGAAUCCUGAAAUGCAAAGCGCCCCUCCGCCGUCUU